GCCACCUUUCAGUCAAUGCCGAUUGUUGAAAGUCGUAAACAUGAGUGGAACUGUUAGCAAAGUUGAUAUGUCUCUAGAUGACAUCAUCAAACUUAAUAAACGAACAAAAUUGGGUAAAAGCCCGCUGAACAGACAGGGUAAAGGGGGUGCGUCCAGAUCAGAUGGGACAAAGAGAAACCAGAGAACUGGUGGAUUUAAUCGCGUGGGUGGAUACCAAGGCAAAGGAAACGUAAAUAAAAAUAGAACAAAUAAUUCUUUCACGAAAAAUCGACUACAAAAGAAACGACAAGAUGCAUUGAAGAAACUACGGGAAGCUAAGCAAGCACUUGCAUUAAUUGAUAGCAAGAAAAACUUCACGAAUAAAAGACAAGGAUUACAGAAUCAACAACAGAAACGUCCCAGAAUAAACAGGAAUUAUGGCAGUACUCUAUCGCUAACUCAACUUUCUCCACAACAGAAUGUUAGACAAGGAAUGAAACGUAACUUCACAAGUUCUCAAUCAUUAAACCAGACUCAACAACAAAACAAAAGAAACAGAAUGAAACGUAACUUCUCUAGUUCUUUAUCUCUUAACCAGGGUCGACAACAAAAUUCACAGGGAAAUACUAAUAGACCUCGAAUAAACAGGAAUUACGGAAGUAAUUUAUCGUUAACACAGUUAGGCAAUACAGGAAAGAAACUGAAUAACAGACGGAAUCAGUGGAAUAAUAGAAAUAAUCAAUCAUAUGAUGACAGUCUAACAGUUAGUGUAUCUAAUGCUAGUCCACGAAAAAGACAAAACAGAAAUAGAAAACAGAAACAGUCUUUUAAUAUCACUGUUAAACCUGAGAAACAUCAAAACUAUGAAUUUGAUAUUAAUACUUUCGCCAGUUUAGGGACAGAGGUUUCUCUGAACGAACGAUUUGGUGGAACAAGAAAUAAUAACAAAAAUAAAUUUACUGGAAGACAAGUUUUCUUUUGAGAUUUUCCUCACUUAAAAGUUUUAAGUGAAGGAAUGGACUUAAUAUAUUAAAUACAGUGUAAACAGGCAGCAGUCCAGUUUUAAAUUUAUGUUAACAGAACUUGUUAGCAAAGUAAUGCGAUCAUUAACUUUAUUGUGCCUUGGAGCAAAUCAAGCAUUUAAAACAAAUAUAUUUAAAAGAUCUGAAAAGACUAAAAAUCAUGUCUUCUAGAGAGGUUUUCAUAUGCUCAUAUUGAAAUGUGUUUGUAUAUAUAUAUAGUUGUAACUCCUGUCUGAGACUGGACAACCAGCUAUGGCACUGCAUUACAUUGAUCAUCCAGUCUUUUAUUAGAAAUUUACAUAGUUAUUUUAUAUAGAAGAUUAUUGAAAUGAAAGAAGAAUGUUUUGGAACUAAAAAUUAAAUUGUGUGCUCUGGAGAUUUUUUAUACAUCCAUUUUGUAUGCUUAUAUUGUCGUCGACCAUGUUCAUCGUCCAAAAUUUCUUGUGUUCAACGCUCUUAAUGACACUCUUAUCACCCGAUGUUUUAAAAAUUUCUUGUCGUUUGUAAAAACAUGUGAACACUCUAAAAAACAAAAGUUAUUAUUAGAUUUGCUUGUAAUGUGUUCAGUGAAAGGAAGAAUCCUAUUGAAUUUUAAUGAUAUCUCUAUCUAAAGUUCAUAUUCAUGAUAUUAAUUUAAUCGAUUAUGAACAAUGUAUGUUCAUGUAUAUAUGUUAUGUUAUGUUAGAUAAACAUUUUAAAUAUUUUUUACUGCUCACACUGUAAUCUGUGUAUUAUUUAAUCUUGUGUAUCUAGCAUUAAUUUCUUUUUCAUUCAUUCAAUAUCAAAUCUUUGUUUAAAAAUCAUUUAAAAUCAACCAAAAUCAACUAAUUUGUACUUGUGUCCAGUUUAAAACUGACCAUUCAAUUUUGAUAAUAAGUGUUUAAUUUCUCAAAUUGAUUAAUAAUGUAUAAUGAUUAAUUUUUGAACAGUGGUCAAGAAAUUAAAUACUUGUAAAUUGAACACUCUUUAUCAAAAUUGAAUGCUCAGCUUUAAACUGGACACAAGUACAAAUUAGAUGAUUUUAUAUUGUUUUUUCGAGUUUUUAAACAAAUAUUUGAUACAUGUAUUAAAGGAAUGUGAAAGACAUUAGUGCUAGAUACACAAGAUUAAAUGAUACCCAGAUUACAGUGUUAAAGACUCAAUACCACUCUUGUUGUAACUGAAUAAUAUGUCCCAGUCUUUAUUCUGGUCAACAAAUUGUACUAUUUUACAAUAUUCCAAUUAAUUGACGAUACAAAUUUCAUCUUAACACACCUAAUUUAAAAAAUUUGAAAAAUUCAACAUAAUGGUUUGAAACGUCUAACGUAAACCUUUUCAAAUGUGACUUGGAUUUAAAAAUAUUUUCGAACCCUCUGGACAAGUAAAAUAGGAUGUAAUGGAUAAUUUACACAACAGGUAGGACACUUAAACAUCUAAUACUUAGAAUAAGGCUAUUAUUUAUUUUCUGGAGCUGUCAAGCCAGCAAGAGUGUUAUUGUCCCUAUCUCAUAUUUCUAUUAUGUGUAUAUUUUAUAUCAUAAUAUUUUUCAUCCGAAAGGUGGAGUCUUAGAAUGAAAAUUGAGUUUUAAUGGGGCUUUUAUUUUUUUAUUCAAACCUUCAUUUUAAUCUCAAUUUCCUAAUUAGGAAUAAUUAUCUUCCGUUUCAUACAGAUGGAUGCAUACUGUCGUCACUCCGUCCUUAAGUUUCAUACAGGUGGAUGCAUACUGUCGUCACUCUAUCUGUCCGUCCUUACGUUUAUUUACAAUUCUUUUAAACGCUUUACGGAUUGUUUCUUUAUAAAUUGUCGAAUAUGGUGGGACUGUUUGCCAUUGCAUUUACUUUAGGAUAAGUUAUUGGCCUUGUCAUCAAACCUUUGUAAACACAUUGUUUCUGAAAUUAAGUUAAAAUCUCACUGCAUGAUUUUAUCGCAAUAAGAAUCUGUCGCAAACUACAAUAUUUUUAAAUAUGAAUCUCUAAUAGGAAUAUUAGUCUAAAAAUGGUUCAGUUCCACUCAGUAUUUACAGAUAUGAUGAUAUGAAAUUUCUUCUAUCUAUGCUGCUUGCUAUAUAAUAAGUCCUCGACCAUUUUGUAGUGGGUGAACAGAUUGAUAGGCCUAUUUUAAAUCCAAUUGAAUCUGAGCCAGGAUGAUAUUUAAGGUUUUCUUAAUAAUAUAUUAAAGAUACAUUAUGUAAGAUUUAGAUAAAGAGCUGGCCAUUCUUACUAUAAUAGUUCGAAAAUAGAUAUUGCAAAAUUAAUUUAAUGAAAAUUUCAUUCAAAUGGCUUCAUUGCGGGCAAAUAUAUUAGCUUUUGAAAGUUUGGCAUGAUGUAUGCAUUAAUUGCAACCAUGGCACUGGUUGUUCGAAGCUUAGCCUCGCUUCACUAUUUUUAGAUUAAAUCAAAAUAUGGCUGAACCGCUCUAAUCUACUUAAUAUCGGAGAUAUCUGAUGCCAUCUAGAGUUGGUUAUGGUUUGGAUAGGUUAAUUAAUGUCUAAUUAAUAAUUUAGAUAACAUUUCAGGCCUAAAGAAAGACCUGCAAUAGUCAGAUUUAGCUCUUGUAUAAUGUAUGUUUAAACAACCAGAGUACAUACGUGUAUUAGCGAAAAAUGGAAAUGAGCCAUUUUAAUGCUCGUCAGAAAUUGUAUCCUGACGUUCUUGCUGCUGGGUGUAUAUUAUAUAUUAUUCCUUGUUAAUACUUCACAUGAAAUUAAGAGUGCUGUGUUUACAUAAUUAAUAGAUUCUCAGAUAAUGUCUACUUUUUUUUUUUUGAUACAAGGUAUGAUUUUGUUUAAAAAGUUAUACAUAUGUUGAAAGUACAUGUAUUUAUAUCAUUUUUUUUUAUUUGUGUUAGAGUUAUGUCAUGUAGGAAAUAUCAGACAGAUCUUAUAUUCAUUUUAUGUUUUUCUAGGGUCUAGGGCAAAACCCUACUUUCAUUUUAUCAUUAAAUAAAUUAUCUAAAUUUU